AGCCGGUGCGCGAUGGCGAUGACGAUGUCGGCGGUGAAGUUUACCUACACUUGACCGAACUUGAUCGAGAAAAGUACGACUGACUCCCAUAAAUACAUGGUGAUCAUACGCCGUCGAAGACUACAGACCUGACUGAUCUUAUCGUUCCAUCACAUACCUAUUCAUCAUCAAGUUCAUCAUCAUGGUCCACGCUCGUCGUACGUCUCUCGCGCCCCUCCUCUCCGGGGCGACGGCGUUGCUCCUGGCAACUGCCACUGCCCAGGGUAACAAUGUUCCGGCUCAGGCACAGGUCAUCAACCAAAAGAGUUUCAACGUUCUGGGGGACGUGCCGCCUCCUCCUGUAGCCAAUUAUAGUACUCUCUUCAUCCCGCCUGGAACAACAAAGGACUCCCUCUUCGAGAAGCCCUUCCACAUUUACGAUGAGGAGUUUUUGGAUAUUAUUGGAGCUAACCCGACUCUUACGCUUCUUAAGUCAUCGGGAACUAACCCGAUGUUUCAUGAAGCUGCUGUCUGGGUCCCGUCCACGGAUGACGUCUUCUUUGUGCAAAACGCGGGUGAUCCCGCCGCCGGCACUGGGCUCAACAGGUCGGCCAUCAUUCAAAGGAUCUCGCUUUCCCAAGUGACGACUGAUGUAUCGGCGGAGAGAAAUGCCACUGGCAAGGUCGACGUUCACUUGGCCGUAGCGACUCCUGCUAUCAUCAACCCCAAUGGCGCAACAAACUACAGGAACAGAAUCCUUUUCGCCGGCGAGGGACAGGGCAGCAGAGUUGCUCCGGCGCUUUAUGCCAUGUCUCCAAAUGCUCCUUAUAAUGCCACGGUCAUCCUGGACAACUACUUUGGCCGUCAGUUUAACUCCAUCAAUGACGUUGCAAUCAACCCGCGCACCGAAGACAUUUACUUUACCGAUACUACCUACGGCUAUGUUCAGGAUUUCCGGCCCGAGACUGUCAUUCAAAAGCAGGUUUGGAGAUUCAACGAGACAUCUGGGGCUGUGGCCGUUGCGGCUGAUGGGUUUAAUAUGCCUAACGGCAUCACCUUCUCCCCAGACGGCCAACAUGCCUACGUGACCGAUACCGGUGUCAUCCAGGGCUUCUUCGGGCGUAACUCAUCCUUCCCAUCGAGCAUUUACCGCUAUGACGUUGAAGAAGAUGGCACCUUCUCCAACCGCAAGACUUUCGCCUUCAUCGCGACUGGUGUGCCGGAUGGCGUUCACGUCGACACCAAAGGUAACCUGUACGCGGGCUGCGGCGACGGCGUGCAUGUGUACAACCCGUCCGGAAAGCUGCUCGGAAAGAUCUGGAUCGGCAGCACGGUCGCCAACUUCCAGUUUGCUGGAAAGGGUCGGAUGGUGAUCCUUGCGGAAACGGAGUUAUACUAUGCCACGUUGAAGGCCGAGGGGGCGUUCCCUGGUCAGCUUUAUUGA